GAUUCAAAGAUAUAGCAUUAGACAUGGACACAGCAAGCUCCCCAUAUAGAGCACAUUCGUGUUCUAAGUGUCCGGGGGACACAGAGUACUAUUGUGUAUCGUGUCCAUGUGAUCUGUGUCCCCAGUGUAAAGAGAACCAUGUAAAAGAUCUCCAAACAAUUGACCAUGAUGUUGUGUCACACCGUGAUAAACUCAAUUACAUCCCAACACAAGAGAUCUGUGUGAGACAUCCUGGCCAUGUUUAUACAAAGUACUGUGAACCUUGUCAAGUUCCUGCCUGUAAUAAAUGCCAACAACAUAAAAAACACAAGAAGAUAGAUGUUAGAACAGCCUAUAAUAAAACAAAGCGACAACAACACAGAGGAACCAUUCACACCAUCAGAAGUGAGGCUCUCUUUUACAGACCUGUUCUCCUGACAGGAAUCAAAACUGAUGUCAAAACAUGUCACACAGAAUUCUCCCUCUUUCAAUCAGAGAUAUCAACAAAGGCCCCGAAACUGAAGAAUCUCAUAAAUAAAGCGAGAAAAGAUUUCAUGUACAAUGUGUUUUGUGACUUUGAUUUCAAACACAGAUGUUUAAAACAGAUGAUAAAAAUGAGCAGACAUAUUGUCAGCCUUCAGGAAUAUGAACACAGAUAUGUACAGCCAGCAUUCACAUUCAGUGCGCUACAAUUCCUCUCAUUCACAAAGACAGCCCUCCCCCAGAUACAUCUUACACUCCACACCAGCCAGCUCUCCAUGACUGAGUCACUCAUCAAGGAGGAUGUGAUGGAGUCACUGAGUGCAAUCCAAAUCACAGAGAGAGGAAACCGACGCGUAGGAAACCAGUGUCUGCUGAAACUGACGUUUGUUCCUGAGUUCCAUCAAUCUCUCACAGUGACAGUUGUUAAUGGUUGUUUUCACAUUUCCUGUGUGACAUCAGACCGGGUCUGGGUCAGUGAUGAUUGGAACAAUCUCAUGUUGACAGACACAACAGGUGUCCCUCUACAUCAUGUGGAGGAUUCAUGUAGUGAUUUAUAUGAUCGUGGUAAUGGAUUACACACAGUGAAGAGUGAGAGUGAACUGAUUUAUAUAGAUAGGAAUUAUAACAUCAACAAACUGUCAAAGGAUAUGAAAACAACCACCACAUUUAUGAAGAGAACAGACCCUACAUGGAGACCCCAUUGUGUGUACUGGUCCCCGUCCACUGGGGAUCUACUGGUCGGGAUGUAUAACAAUGAUACAAAGACAGGCAAGGUAACCCGGUACAACCAGAGCAGACAACUGACACAAACCAUAGAACAUGACAACACAGGACGGGGACUGUAUAGUGAACCUCUCUAUAUAACAGAAAACAACAAUGGGGAUGUUGUGGUGUCUGACUAUGAGUCUUAUGCUGUAGUGGUGACAGAGCAUGGAGGAAGACAUCGUUUCUCCUACACAGGACAUCCAUCAGGAUCAGGACUACGGCCAUGUGGAAUCUGUACUGACGCGCUGUCACACAUCCUGGUGUGUGAUGAUAGAACCAACACAGUACAGAUGUUAGACAGGGACGGUCAGUUCCUGUCACAUCUACUGAUAAGACCAUCAGGGAUAUUCUCACCAUACAGCCUGAGUUAUGAUGUCAACACUCACCGCCUCUGGGUCGGAUCACGGGACAACAACACGGUGGUUAUAUACAGGUAUAUCACCAGACAGGACGCUCUGACAGAUCUGAAUCCAGCCACUGCUGAUGUGAUGGAGUCUCCGAGUGAAAUCCCAACCCCAGGGACAGAAAAACCACAGCAAGGAAACCAGUGUCUGCUGAAACUGAUGUCUCCCCCCGUGUUACUUCCCUCUCUCACAGUGACAGGUGUUUAUCGUUGUUAUCAUAUUUCCUGUGUGACAUCAGACCGGGUCUGGGUCAGUGAUUGGUACAAUAUCAUCUUGACAGACACAACAGGUGUCCCUCUACAUCGUGUGGAGGAUUCAUGUUGUGAUUUAUAUAAUGGAUUACACACAGUGAACAGUGAGAGUGAACUGAUUUAUAUAGAUAGGAAUUAUAACAUCAACAAACUGUCAAAGGAUAUGAAAACAACCACCACAUUUAUAGAGAGAACAUACUCAACAUGGAGACCACAGUGUGUGUACUGGUCCCCGUCCACUGGGGAUCUACUGGUCGCGAUGUAUAACAAUAUUACAAAGACAGGCAAGGUAACCCGGUACAACCAGAGCGGACAACUGACACAAACCAUAGAACAUGACAACACAGGACUGGGACUGUAUAGUGAACCUAUCUAUAUAACAGAGAACAACAAUGGGGAUGUCGUGGUGUCUGACUAUGCCUUUCUCUCUCAGACUGGUGCUGUAGUGGUGACAGAGCGUGGAGGAAGACAUCGUUUCUCCUACACAGGACAUCCAUCAGGAUCAGGACUAGGGCAAUGUGGAAUCUGUACUGACGCGCUGUCACACAUCCUGGUGUGUGAUGAUACAACCCAAACAGUACAGAUGAUAGACAGGGACGGUCAGUUCCUGUCACAUCUACUGAUAAAACAAUUAGAGAAAUUCUCACCACAAAGCCUGAGUUAUGAUGUCAACACUCACCGCCUCUGGGUCGGAUCAGGGGACAACAACACGGUGGUUAUAUACAGGUAUAUCACCAGACAGGACGCUCUGACAGAUGAACACACACACCGUCCUGAUGGGGAGGCCUUGUCCAGCUCAACACCAGCCAUAGAAUGGAGAUAGCUGGGAUAUUGACAGAUGGGCCAAAUUUACCUGACCUUGAGGGGAGAAAAAAGAACAACUUCCUUAAAAUCCUUACAGAGGAAGACAGAAAACAGACUGGCUACGUAGACCACUGAUUAAUGUAAUAUGAUGUCCUUAUCUUCAAGUACGC